UAUACGUAUUCACUUUGGUCAUGACUCAGAUGCUCCGUAAAAUCGACGUUUUAAAUGUAAUUUGUGUUGGAGUGUUGUUUAUUAACAUGUCGUGAAGAUAAAUGUUUUGGGGCUCUGUCAAAGCCACUCAACCAUCCUUUCUGUCACAUGUUGAUCCUCAGACUGGACCAGGACUUGAUAAUGCCAGGCAAUGGGAGUUCCGAGGCGGGAUGCAGCAGGACAGCAACAGGCAGCUACUCCAACACCACCUGUGGCCAGACGGAGCUGUCCGUCACCGCCUCCGUCAUUUCCAUGACCGUGGGCAUCUUCUCCAACAUCCUGGCUCUCUGCAUCCUGGUCAACGCCUACCGUCGCUUCCGCCUCAAGACCAAGGCCUCCUUCCUGCUGUUCGCCAGCGGCCUGGUGGGCACCGAUCUUCUGGGUCACCUCAUUAACGGCUCCCUGGUGCUAUAUGUCUACGCUUGUAACAAGGAGUGGGAAGCCUUUGACCCACACCACAUCCUGUGCAGUCUCUUCGGGGUGUCCAUGGUGUUUUUCGGUCUGAGCCCCCUGCUCCUGGGUAGCCUAAUGGCGGUGGAACGCUGCAUUGGUGUCACCAGGCCCCUGUUCCACUCCACAGCCCUUGCCGCCCACCACAUGAAGAGGCUGCUGGGGCUGACCUGGCUGUUAGCUGCCCUGGUGGCUCUGCUACCUGUUCUGCUGUGGAGGCCCUACCAGGUGCAGCGCUCCCAGAGCUGGUGUUUCUUCCGCAUGGAGGGGCCCCGCAACUGGCUGGACGUGGUGCUCCCGCUGAUCUUCUCUACACUGGGCCUCCUGGCUCUGCUGGUGUCCAUUGUGUGCAACACACUGACCAGCUGCACCCUACUGCAGUCCAAGCUGCGCUGCCACCGCCAAUGUCGCCGCAAGGACACCUCCCACCACUUUGAGAUGAUCUGCCAGCUCAUGACCAUCAUGCUUGUGUCCUGUGUGUGCUGGGGCCCUUUAUUGGUUAACGUCAUCAUACUGAGCACCCAGGUCCAGGGCGAGCGUGCGUUUGCCCGCCUGCUGCUGGCAGUCCGCAUGGCCACCUGGAACCAGAUCCUGGACCCAUGGGUCUACAUCCUCCUGAGGAAGGCCAUCCUCAAGAGGCUCUUCCUGCUGGUGCACAGCUGCUGGUGCAUCAAGUCCCACUCCCACCCCCUCAACCGGUGGAAGUGCAGCCCAGUGAAAGGCUCUGGGGAGACCAGCGGCAGCUCCAUCAGCACUAAACCAGAAUUCUUCUGUUUGGAUGGAAGUGUUGGAGGCCUACCAGACACAAUAAUUAAGCCCAUCACCUGAACCCCUGGAUGGGGCAUCUGAUCUGAGAGACCCUGGGUCCCAGGUGGAGUGUUUGCAGGCAGCACCUGUAGCACAUUGAUGUAUAGUUGGAGUAGGCGAUAAGCUAAGGAACCAGAUAAGGUUUGUUUUAGGAAGAGCAUAUGAAGGAUCAUUCAAAGUAUUAUAAACUGGGUAGUUUGAGCCCUGAAUGCUGAUUGGAUGACAGCCGUGGUAUAUCAGACCAUAUACCACGGGUAUGACAAAACUUUUAUUUUUAUUGCUCUAAUUACGCUGGUAACUAGUUUAUAACAGCAAUAAGGCACCUCGAGGGUUUGUGGUAUAUGGCCAAUAUACCACGGCUAAGGGCUGUGCCCAGGCACUCCACAUUGCAU